UUUCCACGGCUUCACUGCAGGGAUUGCUGCAGCUCUGAAGAGGAUGAGGAAGAACAGCUCAGCAGAGUUCUGACAGAAAUGGUUUUGCCCUGGAAUUUCCCUGGCACUGAUAGACCUGCAGGAGAAAUCCAUCUUGAGGCAGCUGUGGAAGCCUGGAGAUGAACACAUUUUAUCACAUUUUCUCAGACAUUCUGAGGUGCUGAACAAAUAACCUGGCUUUGAAUAUGCAUCGUGUAGGAAACUCCGUUGUGAUCCCAUGGAGCCACGUGUGAGUCCCACUGGGAUUGUUGUUAUCCCUGACAGCGUGGGCAGCAGGGAUCCAAGGAACAGAAGCAAAAUGUUUCUUUCAGUAGCAGAGGGGUUUCUCUGCUGAUCUCCAUGGGAGCCCUGAUGGAUGUGCCAGUGCCUCUCUGUCAGCUUGUGUACCUCACCUUUCUGUCUACAGCUGUUUGCAGCCAGGAUGAAAAAAUAAAACUCCAGAUGGACUCCCACAAUUUCCAGCACAUUUUGUCCUGGCAGGAAGAGCGUGACCCAGCUGUGCCAGCAUCCUACAACGUGCUGUACAGAGACCGCAGGAACCAGACCUGGUUGAGUGCUCAGCAGUGUUCAGGUAUUGCCCAGCUCUCCUGUGAGCUGACAGAGGAUUUCAAGGACACAUCUGCUGUGUAUUAUUACUUUGUUCAGAGCGUUGGAGGAGCUCAGGUGCUCAGUUCUUAUGAGCAUGAGUUUCAGCCAUUGAUUCAGACAAUUCUGGGACCACCAGAAGUUAAUAUCACUUCCUGUCCGAGCUGCAUCAAUGUCACCAUAAAGCUGCCAACCUCUCACUACAGGGACAAGGGAAAGCUGCUGUCUUUAAUUGAUAUCUAUAAAGAGCUGGAUUAUGAUAUCACCCUGAAAUCACUGGAAGGAGAGCACAAGAGGCCACGGCAGAAAACCACUGAAGAAGUGUUUAGUACUGUCAUUGAAGAAUUGUAUCCGGGCAGGAAUUACUGUGUGUCCGUGGUGGUCACUGCCUCCCUGAACAAACAUUCCAUCCCCUCCCCCUGGAAAUGUGCCACUGCAGGCUCACAGGCUCAACAAGGGUAUCAUGAAAUUGCAGUGGCAGGUGCUGUCUGUUUUUCACUGAUAAUUGCUGCAGUCCUGAAGUGUGUGCAUGCAGCAGGUUUCAUUGACCCGAAGAUAUCCCUUCCUCAGAGCUUGGAAUGCAUCAGGCAGUUGGCCUACUCAGCUUGGGUGUGUGAGCCAGAGAACACGGCCUCUGUGGAGAUCAUCCCCAGAGAGGUGAAGAGCAAGGCCAGGGCGUGCAGAGGCAGUGCCAGCGACGACAGCGACAGCAGUGACAGUGACAACAGUGCCCUGUGUGACCACGACUACACGAGGCGUGAGGGGCUGGGCAGGGGCAGCGUGCCCCGAGGCUGGCUCACCCCCAGCACCCUGGGGCAGUACUCGGUGAGCAGCAGUGAGCACAGCCAGGCUGGGGACAGCGCGGCUGCGGAGCCACACGAGUCCCAGGAGCAGCAGGGACACCCUGGAGGAGAGGGAGACACGAGCAGUGAGUUCCUGAGUCCUUUCUCUGAAGGCAGCUGUAGCUCCCAGGGGAACAGCGAGUGCUUCACCAUCAGCUUACAGACGGUGCAGCUGGGAAGCCUGGAGCAGGACAGGCACCGCUCUGCAGCUCCUCCAGCCCAGGAGGAUGAAGGUGACUGGCACUGUGCUCAUGAUCUGCAGGCAAAGCUGCUGGAGGACACGGGAAGUGUGCAGGAUGCUCCUUGUUCUAAUGACUUCUAUGAGUGGCAAAGUUCUUCCUCUUCUGAGGAAAGCAACACUUUGGAAUCAGACACAGAGCAUGGGACAGGGUACAUGAGGAGAUGAAGGAAGAGCUACUUUUACUUUAUUACAGGAACUGAAUUCUGAACUGAACA